GUUUAAUAAAAAGAAGUGUGUGAGUCUGAUGGCUUUCACCGGGUUGCAUUGUGUUUUUGACUAGAGGGGCUGGGGGAGGAGGGUUUGUGCUGCCAAGGGAGGAACCCAGGGCAGCUGAACUCGCUUUUCUUCUGCAAGUUUUUUUCUCCCUCUGUGUUCCCAGGACAGGGUUGGCUUUCUAGGUUUGAUAAAGCAUUUCCUUCCAUUGUCAUUCUAUACGGCCUCUGGGCCCUUCUCUCAGUCCCUCCCCUUUCGCCUUCCCCUCUCUUUCUCUCUCUCUCUUCCUGAACUUUAGUGAAUCUUGAGAUAUAAAGAAAACAGCUGCCUCCCUUAAGCAAUAUCUUGAACAAUGAGACCUCAUCUCCAAGGGCUUUAAUUCCUCUGGAUGCAAGGACAAAGCCAGGCUGCUGUGAACCCGUGCACCUCUCCGCAGGUGCCUCAGACCGCCCCCAUGGACCUGCGGAUCGGACAGCGCGUCGUCAAGCCCGGCUCUGACACCACCUUCCUGGCUCUGAAGCACACUCAGCAGCUGCAGCACCAGCUCUUCCUGGCCAGCCUGCAUCAGCAGCAAGUGGAGCAACUCGCUCAUCAGCACGUGAGGGUGACCAUGGAGUCCUCGCACCGUGAAGCAGAGCCUGGGCAGCAGGAACAGGAACUGCGGCAGAUCCUCAAUAAGGACAAGAGCAAACGAAGUGCUGUGGCCAGCACAGUGGUGAAGCAGAAACUGGCUGAGGUCAUCCUGAAGAAGCAGCAGGCAGCUUUGGAGAGGACCAGCAACCCCAACCCUUCAGCCAUGCCAUACAGGUCUCUGGAGCCUCUGGAUCCUGAGGGCCCUUCCCCUCCUGUGCUCAGCACCUUCCUGCCCCCCGUCCCCAGCACUUCUCUUGACCCCCCCGAGCAUUUUCCACUGCGGAAGACGGCAUCUGAGCCCAACCUGAAGGUGCGUUGCAAGCCCAGGAAAUGCCUUGACCGACGCAAGAACCCCCUGACCCGGAAGGAGAGUGCACCUCCUUCAUUGAAGAGAAGGCCACCUGAGGCGAUUGAUUCCUCCCCGAGCAGUAGCAGCACCCCCGUCUCCGGCUGCAGCUCGCCCAACGACAGUCUCCCCGCAGACCACGGAGCCCUCCCCACUGCGUCCGGCAUGGCCCACGAGACACCCCUGGCCCAGCGCCUGAUGAUGCAGGAGAGCUCACUGGCCCAGUUUGCCCUGCAGAGUGCAGCCUCCCUUCCAGCCAUCACGCUGGGAUUGCCGGCUACCACUAGCGCCAGGGGAGAGGCAGAUCGCCGCCCCCUCUCUGGCCUGGCACACCGGGUGCCUGUGCUGAACGGUCCUGUCCUCGCAGGCACACAUUCGCCCAUGUUCAUACCAGCUGGCUUAGAGCAGCACGAGGCCGGGAGCCCUUUAUCCCCUCGGCUGCAGCCUGUCAUCAUCCUCGAGCCCUCUGUCACCCAUGCUCCUCUCGUGGCGGUGCCAGGUCUGGGAACGGUCCCUUUCUCCUUCGCCCCCUCGCUCAUCUCUGCAGAGCGCCUGUCGCUCCCGGGCCACCAUAAACCGCUGGGGAGGACCCGCUCGGAGCCCUUGCCCCAGAACCCCAAGGCCAUCCAGCAGCAGCUGGUGUACCAGCAGCAUCACACCCAGUUCCUGGAGAGACUCAAGCAACAGACACAUCUGGGCAAGCGCAUGGCUAAGUCCAGCGAGAAGCCCCGUCUGCGGCAGAUUCCCUCCUCGGAGGACAUGGAGGCAGAGGGGACACUCCCAGAGGCUGGGGGUGAGAGCAGUGACCAGGCAAGGGCACGCAUGGAGCCCACACGGCCAGGAGGCAGCGUGAAGGAGCCCGAGAGGACGCAGAAGAUGAUGCAAUCACAAGAGGAGCUUGUUCUACAGCAGGCCUAUCUCUGGGAUCCCUACCAGCGCAUGCAGCACCAGCUCCUCAAGCGGCAGCCCCUGGCUGACUCCCCCAUGGUCCCGACCGUCCACGCAGGGCACAGGCCCCUUUCCCGGGCCCAGUCAUCUCCUGCCACUGCGAGUGUCUCCCUUCCUGCCCAGGAUCCAGCCUCCAAGACGCUCUCUCUGCCUGUGCAGGAACAGCCAGCCAAGCCGCAUUUCACAACAGGGCUGGUUUAUGACUCGGUGAUGCUCAAACACCAGUGUUCCUGCGGCGAUAACAGCAACCACCCAGAGCACGCGGGCAGAAUUCAGAGUAUCUGGUCCCGCCUGCAGGAGAGGGGGCUGCGCAGCCAGUGCGAGUGUCUGCGGGGACGCAAGGCCACCUUGGAGGAGCUGCAGUGUGUGCAUACCGAGCGCCACGUCUUCCUCUACGGCACCAAUCCGCUCAACCGCCUUAAACUGGACAACGGGAAGCUGGCAGGGAUCCUGUCACAGCGGAUGUUUGUCAUGCUGCCCUGCGGAGGGGUGGGGGUGGACAGUGAUACCAUCUGGAACGAGCUGCAUUCCUCCAACGCUGCCCGCUGGGCCGCAGGCAGCGUCACUGAGCUGGCCUUCAAGGUGGCCACCAGGGAACUUAAGAACGGCUUUGCUGUGGUGCGGCCCCCUGGACAUCACGCGGAUCCUUCCACCGCCAUGGGAUUCUGCUUCUUCAACUCGGUGGCCAUUGCUGCCAGGCAGCUGCAGCAGAAAGGGAAACUCAGCAAGAUUCUCAUUGUGGACUGGGAUGUUCACCAUGGCAAUGGGACGCAGCAGAUCUUCUACAGAGACCCUGACGUUCUCUACAUCUCUCUGCAUCGUCAUGAUGAUGGGAACUUCUUCCCUGGUAGUGGAGCUGCCGACGAGGUUGGUGCCGGCCCUGGUGAGGGAUUUAACGUCAAUGUAGCCUGGACUGGAGGGCUUGACCCGCCCAUGGGUGACCCUGAGUAUUUGGCAGCUUUCAGGACUGUUGUGAUGCCAAUUGCACACGAAUUUUCCCCUGAUGUGGUGCUGGUGUCGGCCGGCUUCGAUGCAGCUGAUGGCCACCCACCACCGUUGGGUGGCUACAAAGUCUCUGCCAAAUGCUUUGGCUACAUGACGAAACAGCUGAUGAGUCUGGCUGGGGGAGCCAUAGUCCUCGCGCUAGAAGGUGGCCAUGACCUUACGGCCAUCUGCGAUGCGUCGGAGGCCUGUGUGUCAGCCUUGCUGGGCAACGAGCUGGAUCCCCUCCCAGAAGAAAGCAUGAGGCAGAAACCAAAUCCCAACGCUGUGCGCUCCUUGGAAACGGUGAUCCAGGUCCAGAGUAAAUACUGGGUUGCUGUACAGCGCUUUGCCUCCAAGCUGGGAUGCUCCUUCCUGGAGGCACAGCACCACGAAGCAGAAGAGGUGGAGACUGUCACAGCCUUGGCCUCCCUCUCGGUGGCCGUAAUGGUGGAGAAGAGGACACAGGAUGAGCCGAUGGAGGAAGAGGAACCCAUGAACCAGUGAUGAGCGGUGACGUUCUCUGCUCCCCUGCUUCCAGGAAGUGGCUGGACUCUCCUGAGCCUGGCACUCGCUCUUCACUCCUGGCUUCCUGUUUGCCACGUCAUCCUCACUCCCCGAGUCACAGUCCUGAAAUGGCCUGGACCUUCGGCUCCCACCUCUGCAGGUCACCCAGAAAGGAUGCUCCUGUACCCACCUGGAAGACAUCCUCCUGCUCGGGACCAGUGGAAAACCACAAACUCCCUCGGCAUGGCGCAGCCUUGCAAACCUAGACCAUGCCUGCCGUCAGUCUCCAACCUUCGGGACCCGAAACCCCUCUGGAGGCGUAUGUGAGAGGCCUCCACCCCUCUGGCUGUGGUGGCAGCCAGACGCAGACCUGCCCUUCUCCUGGGAUCUUCCUCACCCUUGGGGAAGGGGGUGGGUGUGGGGAUGGAUGUUGUGGCUGUGCUGCGGAUGGUGAGAGCUGCCUUCGGGACUGCAGCCAGAGCUCCUCUCUGGCCAGCCAAAGAUCCCUCUGAGAACAGCCCUGUGCUUUGCUCCAGGAGGAAAGGCUCUGUGUCUCCUUCUGAAUGCUUGCCAGCCUUGUCCAAGGUGCUCCCCUUCCUCUCCCAUAGGGCAUGAGGUGGGAGCGAGUGUGACAGUGACAUGGGGUAAGAGCCUCGUUCUGCACAAGAAGGGUUUGUAAAACGACGGAUGAUGCGCAAAUCACCUCGCAGUGAGGAAGAUCAAGGGCUGGAGUGUCUGCAGUGCCCAGGAUUGCACCCAUGGGACAUCCUAACCACUAACCAGAGUAUGAACCCUCUGGUGCUGGGGCUCUGAUUUGCACUAUAUACAUAUGACAUGUGCUAAUGUGAACCUUACGUACUCUUCUUUCCAUGGGAAUUUUGGGAACAAACACCUCUUCACGUGGACGUUAACAAGGUGCCUUGAGCCCUUUCAGCAACCCAACCAUCCGCUGACCUGAGGAUCUGUAUCAACGUAAACCCCUGUGAUUUGUAAAAGCAGGGGCAGCCCAGCUGUCUUCCAGUGACCCCCCCCGGAGAGGGUGGCACCUGGUGCCUACUCUCCCUACAGCUUCAUGCCCCAGUCCAGCCCCUGCACCCUGCCCAACUCCUCUUCUCCUUCAGCCCCAGUCCAGCUGAGAUCAGAUCAGAUCCCAUCGCUUGGCGCUCGUCUCCCCUAGGGAUGCUUAAAGCCCCGGCAAUACAGUGCUUGUCCCUGUCUAGACUGUCUCAGGGUGACAGAGACAGGGUCAUCCCCCUCAAACAGAUGUGUCUGUCUGGUUUUGCCCUUUCCUUAUCUCAUACUGCAGUGGGGCAUCAUCCACCUCCUGGCACCUGGCCCUGAGAGCCUGGUCCUUCCUUGUGUCUUCCCUGUGCCCUGUGCGUUGGACUGGGCAGAGGAACCAGCCCACAAACACUUCAUCCUGUGCUCUGCAAGAACAGAGCCCUGCUCAGGCUCUCAGCAUCACGGUGCUGGGCUGCAGCAGGGAUUGGGGAUAGCAGGAGUGAGCAAAUGGCUUGGGGACGGCACAGCGGGACCAGGACCUCACUGGGCUGCAGAGGAGGGGAUAGACAGGGCAACGAGGUCUGGCCGAGCUCCAGAGGCUGGCCAGGCUCUGUCUGCAGGCGCAGGGAGGAGAAAUUUUGUAAAAAAGUAACAAAGGAAAAAAAAAAUAUUGGAAGAAUAAACAUUUCUUUGUCUGAAACUGCCCUUAGCUGGGGUCCAGCAGUGCCAGCCAGUGGCACAGAGGCUUGGGGGCAUGCACGGUCCCUUGUGGCCAAGGGACACGCAGGAAAAUCACUGUGGCCCCAGAGCAGGACUGCCUGUGCCAUCCUCUCUUACUACUGUUGUAAACCGUGACGCCCUCUCUUUUGCUUCCUGGGCUCGGGUACCUGUGCUCUCCUUGCAACGUUGGGGGUUCGUGUACAUGCGUCCCUGCUCACUGUGCGUCACACACCCUCGUGGCAGGUCUUCUCCAAACCAGGCUUAAGUGUGUGUUUUCGACCAAGCCUGCUGUCUGCACAGGUUGUUUCUCCUCCCUUGAAGCACACAGCUGUGCAAGCAUGCCAGGGGGACAGUGUGUGGCCAAGUGUCACGAACUCCCCUUCCCAACCCUACACCUGGAAGCCUCCAGGGUCUGAUGAAAGGAUGCCCUGAUCUUAGGAUGGACCUCUUCCACAGCAGCCCCUUGCUGUGCACCAGGAGGACGGGAGAGAGGGCAUCACAUUGCAGCAGGGCAAGGUGGGCAGGAGAGGGUUAGAGAGCACCUCAAAACCCUCCUCUCCAUCUUCUCUGGAACCUGAUGUCUUCAUGGCUGAAGACAUGGCCUUCGUCGCCCAUGAUGCUUUGUCUCUGUCCCGGUGUCCUGUCGCAUUGCCCCUCAGAUUGCCAGGGAACUGUGGGGAGAUGAGAACGACCUACUGUUUCUUCUUUGGGCACUCAGGCAUUUCUGGUACCGUGAAUGCAAGGGUGGUGCUAACACCCCUUUUAUUAGCAGCCACUUGCCCAGAUGUCCAGUCCCACCAGCUGACCUGAGCACCCCAAGCCACAGCUCCAUCACUGCUCCUUCCCCAGGCUGCACGCUCUGCUCUUUGGCUUCGGUUUCCCUUUCCUGCUCAAAAGCAACCUCAUCCCUGGUUCUUUCAGGGGUUCCCAGCUGGGCUUGUGCCACCCAGGACACGUCCCAGAGCUAAGCAGGCUGCAAACACUGGUAACCUGCAUGCGCUGGUGGGUUACAGCCCACAGUGAGCUGGGAUUGGGAAGGGCAUGCAGGUGAUCCACAGUGAAUUUCUGCCAGAAUUUUUUCCAGGUAGCCCCAUGAAUCCCUGAGUCAGCCAGAAGAAACCCAAAGCGCAACAUUUAAGGAGUGUGUACCCCAGUUGCACCAGGAAAAUGCUGUGCAAUUGUGUGAGUUCAGCUGCUACCUUAAAGCAGAGGGAAAUGCCCCAAACAAAUGGUCUCUGCUCACUUUUAAGAUAUUUAGCCUUUUAUUUAACAUUUUCCUGACUCCUCUGCAUCUACCAGGGCCAGAAACCAAAGGGAAAAACAAGCUGUGAUUGAGUAAUUUCAUGAAUUCAAGAGCUGGACCUUUACAAACACCGUCCAGGCAGAUCUGGCUAGGAGCACCCAGCAAGACCUUCAUGAGCUUUACCUAGCUGGAAGGUCCUGGGCCUGGAUGGGUAGCAGUGAAGCCAUUCAGCUCGCACACCCCAUUUAUGGAGGGCUGAUACUGUUACCCCAAAUUGAAGCCGAAAUACUAAGCAGCCUCUCUGGAUUGCUCUGUCCUAUUGCGUCAUCUUGAUUGUGGCCAACAGAAGAAGGGCCCAGCCUAGCAGAGGGCUAUGUGCUAAAUGACUCACGCUAAGCAAUGAUCAAAUCUGCCAACCGCAUUCAAUUGUUUGUGGUUUCAAACUCUUUGUUGCAAAGACAGGGCCGAAUAACGUGGUAAAAUGCGGUCAUUUGUGCAAGCUCUUGGCAUGUGUCCAGCCUCCCUGGGUAAGCUAAGCCUGGGGAAAACCCCUAUGAAGCCAUCUCCUCCGGGUCUGAGCUGACUGGUAGGUGACAGGCUCCCUGCUUAUCUUCCACUGUCUCAUCAGAGGGGUUAGUCAACACUCGCCUUCAUUUGAGCCUUUUAAGGACCAUUGUGGUGAUCAAAAAUGAAUUACAACAUGGCCAGCUGGUUUCCCUAAAGCCAAACCUACGUCUUAGGGUCAUCAGGCUUACAGACGAGUCUGGAGUCAGAAACCCCAAAGUUAGCACAUUUUUCUCUAGCAGGCGUCAUGUUCUUUCUUGGAUAGGAUCCCCUUCCCCCAGGGACAGCACGUUUUCUCACUACCCGCAGCCGCUUCCCUAAUACCCCUUUCAGAGGUGUCCUCUAAGUCUCAUGCAGAGACUGGAGGAGGUGGUGGGAGUCCAUGGCUGGAAGUUGUGCCAUGGUGGUGCAGCUCUGCAGGUGCCGAAGCCCAGGUCUGCUGCAGUCGGAUGGGUGGGUGCAUCGCUCCCCAGUUAGGAUGGAGGGAGCUCGCUCAGAGUUCGGACCUGCCUGACUUUAAUGGCUGAAUUUGAGGCAGAAGAGUCCCAGAAUGAAGUCUAACACUGGAUAUCUCUGGCUCCAGGGGACUAUUGACCUCCAUUCAGACAGGUCAUGCAACCAUUCUAGUUGCCUCAUCCAUGAAUCCAAGACAGGCCCACUCUUGCCUGUUAUAUGUGGACAAAGAAUGACACACUGAGACCUCCAGAAUGGGCACAAAGUACCACAAAAUUCACUCCCACUUUCCACUGGGAUGAAUAAGUUUGUUGGGGGUGGAAAAAAGCCAUGUGACGAUGUGGCAGUGAGCUAAGCCACUGUGGGCACAGAGGAAACAGCCCUUAGCCUAACACCAUGCUAGGGUGGCCGUCCUGAGGGGAUGGGGUUUAUUGGGAACAUCUUUCCCCACUGGGCUUCUGCAGGCCCUACAAUCUACCAUUGGCUUCAUCAUCCCACCCUUGAAAAGCACCCUGCCCAGCACCCUGCCCACCCACACGGAGAGGGGCUGGCGUGUCACUGUCCCAUCCACCAUAGAGUAGAGCCAUCCCACCUGGAGCGCAAGAAGCAGCACUAAAAGCAAAGGAUGCGUUCUUUGAAAAUCUUUGCUACUCUUUCCUCUGCCUUUUAUUGUUUGUGCCUUGGUUUGGUUUGCAGGGCAGUAGAUGCAGCUCUAGCACCCCAUUACACCACCACCACCACCACCAGCUUUGGGUACUACCUUGCCCUUUUCACAUGCAGCUUCCGUCAGCGUCUUACCUCUCAGCAUCCCAAGCUCCAUCCGCAGCUGUUUGCCUGUAGCUUAGAUCAGUGUUUUGCAGUGGCACAACUGACUCCUGGCUAAAACCUCAUCUACUGAUGUUUCGAUUUGAGGAGCUUCUUCAGCCUCUCCCUCAUCACAGAGCACGUCCAGGCUAGAGACAGAGCUGAGCACCAACAAGAGCUUAGCUCCUCUUAUGACCACUUUGGAAAUGCUGUUUGCAUCUCACUUCCAGCUGUAGCUGAAGAUAUUCCUUUACUGUGGGGGGAUGCAUCCCAAACAAACUAAUCCUCAAAAUCUUUUGUUGUCCUCCCCUAUCCUGGUUUGCCAUGGCAUUGCCCAGUGCUUAUGGAUGUGACUUCCACUUUGGGGGGGGGGGGGGGGGGGUUUGCCUUCUGCCAGCCUCUUUUGCCUUGUAUUUAGCCACACAGCUUGACUUUUCUGAGUCUUUUUUUCAUUCCGUUUGUUGAAUCAGGAGCUGUUCCCCCAGCUGCCCAGAGGCGCGGUGGGGAAAUCACUGGUCCCUUCUACCGUCUCUUCCCACUUCCAUAUUCCUUCCUGAUUUCUAAAAAUGAGGUGUUUGCGUGAUGCCCGUCGGGUGUUUGCUGGUCGUGGGCAGGUGGCAAGGGUAUUCGUCUCGUGGCAAGACUCUUCAUCUCAUCCAGCCUGGUUGCCUGGUGGGUGAAGCACUCCCCAAGGAGCUAAUUGUUGCCUCAGUAAUUAAAGAGGAGGACUCGUUGGACAGAGAGCGGCCACAGGUGUCCCUCUCCCAAGAGUGCACGUGGACCAUGUGGACCGGGUGGCUUGGAUGGCAGUGGGCACACGCAGCAGCCCUGCCCUGACCUGAGGACGUGGCGAGCCACAAGGACGAGACAGAGCCUGAGCCAACGUCUCAGUGGGAGCAGAGCUGCCUUCAGCAGCAUGAAGAUCCUAAGGACUAGACCACAGACCAUCUCUGCAUUCAUCCUUCUGUGCUCCCAACACCGUCCUUUCUUCCCAAUUUCUGUUUCUUUAGUAACAACAACCAUAAUAAUGAUUGUGUGCAUUGAAAAAAACCUGAGACCUUGGUUCAAAUUAUCAUUCUUUCCUUAGGGAUGACGUUUCUCUCAUUUUAAGAUAAAUUAAUAUAGUGAUUUAAAAACAAAAUCUCAACAAAGUAUUACUUUCUAAAUAAUUUUUAAAAGAUAUUUUACCUUUUUAUAUAAGGGUUGGAAGCUUGAACCUCCACUUAGCAAAGAGGUAUCCUCCUUUAUUUUUCAAGCCUAUUUUAUUUUUGAAAGAAAAUUUAUAUUUCUAAAAGUGGUUUCAUUUUUCAUUUGUAAAAUAGUUCCUCAAACAUGGUUAAUAAAGCCAUCCGCAGGCAUAUUUUUAAGGGAAUUUUUAUUUUUUUAAGAGCAUUUAGAUGUUUUUAAAGACUGCUGUCAGCUCCCUUGAGCAGGGUAUCCACUCACGCUGUACAUAAAAAUUAAGGAUUUUGUAGAAAAAUGUAGUUUCAGUCUUACUGUAGCUUGCCAUUGGAUUCUCUGGUGUGUAAUAAAGUGUGAACACUAAUUGAAA